CUUUUAUGUUGGGGGAAGGGGACGGGGAACGGGGACGAAAAAGCUCUCGUGGUGCCGUAAUUUAGUGCUCGCUUCAAAACCUUCCGUUCCCUAUCUGCUGAAUCUUUAGAUGUAAAUUUCGCUUCAUUUUAUGUAUUCUGGGGAAAUAUUAAUAAAAGUGGAAUAGCAGUAACUAAGACUGUUACAGUGGAAGCAGGAAAACGGCAAAAAUGUAUUCCAGUGGAGCAGCUGGUGCUGCUGAGAUGUGCGAGGGGCCUCACUCCACUGGGUCUGGUGGUUCUGCACCCCCUUCUCCUCCGGUGCCGGAGUAUGUGUUCAAACCGCCACCACGGCCAGACUUUGGCACCAUGGGCAGGACAAUCAAACUGCAGGCCAAUUUCUUUGAGAUGGAGAUCCCAAAGCUCGAGGUCUACCAUUAUGACAUUGACAUCAAGCCUGAAAAGUGUCCAAGAAGAGUCAAUCGAGAAAUCGUAGAGCACAUGGUCCAGCACUUUAAAACUCAGAUCUUUGGGGAUCGAAAGCCAGUCUACGAUGGGAGGAAAAACCUCUACACAGCCAUGCCCCUGCCUAUAGGGAGGGAAAAGGUGGAGCUGGAGGUGACCAUCCCAGGGGAGGGGAAGGACAGGAGCUUCAAGGUGGCAAUAAAAUGGGUUUCCUGCGUCAGUCUACAGGCGCUUCACGAAGCGCUGUCCGGACGGCUGCCGAACAUCCCCUUCGAAACAAUCCAGGCCCUGGAUGUGGUGAUGCGACAUUUGCCCUCUAUGAGGUACACGCCCGUCGGCCGCUCUUUCUUCACUCCCUCAGAAGGCUGCUCCAACCCCCUGGGAGGGGGGCGAGAGGUCUGGUUCGGCUUCCACCAGUCCGUCAGACCCUCGCUCUGGAAAAUGAUGCUGAACAUCGACGUGUCGGCCACCGCGUUUUACAAAGCCCAGCCUGUGAUCGAGUUCAUGUGCGAGGUUUUGGAUUUCAAAAGCAUAGAGGAACAACAGAAGCCCUUAACGGAUUCCCAGAGAGUCAAGUUUACCAAGGAGAUCAAAGGUUUUCCCUCCACGGGGGCCGCAGGUCUGAAGGUGGAGAUCACACACUGUGGACAGAUGAAGAGGAAGUACAGAGUGUGCAACGUGACCAGGAGGCCCGCCAGCCACCAAACGUUUCCUCUGCAGCAGGAGAACGGACAGACCAUGGAAUGCACUGUAGCCCAGUACUUCAAGGACAAGUACAAACUGGUGCUGCGCUACCCCCAUCUCCCCUGUCUGCAGGUGGGGCAGGAGCAGAAGCACACCUAUCUCCCCCUCGAGGUUUGUAACAUUGUGGCAGGGCAGCGAUGUAUAAAGAAGCUCACAGACAAUCAGACUUCCACUAUGAUUCGUGCCACAGCCAGAUCCGCCCCCGAUCGACAGGACGAGAUCAGCAAACUGAUGAGAAGUGCCAACUUUAACACGGACCCUUACGUUCGGGAGUUCGGGGUCAUGGUGAGGGACGAGAUGACGGAGGUGAACGGGCGUGUCCUCCAGGCGCCCUCCAUUCUCUACGGCGGCAGGAACAAGGCGAUAGCGACUCCCAUCCAGGGCGUGUGGGACAUGAGGAACAAGCAGUUCCACACCGGGAUCGAGAUCAAAGUGUGGGCCAUCGCCUGCUUCGCCCCCCAGCGGCAGUGCACCGAGCUCCUGCUGAAGGCCUUCACUGACCAGCUGCGCAAGAUCUCGCGCGACGCGGGGAUGCCCAUCCAGGGCCAGCCCUGCUUCUGCAAGUACGCCCAGGGCGCGGACAGCGUGGAGCCCAUGUUCAAGCACCUGAAGUACACCUACCAGGGCCUGCAGCUGGUGGUGGUCAUCCUGCCCGGGAAAACGCCCGUCUACGCCGAGGUGAAGCGGGUGGGGGACACGGUGCUGGGCAUGGCCACGCAGUGCGUGCAGGUGAAGAACGUGCAGAAGACCACCCCCCAGACCCUGUCCAACCUCUGCCUGAAGAUCAACGUCAAGCUGGGCGGGGUCAACAACAUCCUCCUCCCGCAGGGCAGGCCCCUGGUGUUCCAGCAGCCAGUGAUCUUUCUGGGCGCCGACGUGACCCACCCUCCCGCCGGAGACGGAAAGAAGCCCUCUAUCGCCGCGGUGGUGGGCAGCAUGGACGCCCACCCGAGUCGCUACUGCGCCACCGUGCGGGUCCAGCAGCACCGGCAGGACAUCAUCCAGGACCUGGCCGCCAUGGUGCGGGAGCUGCUCAUCCAGUUCUACAAGUCCACCCGCUUCAAGCCCACGCGCAUCAUCUACUACCGGGACGGCAUCUCCGAGGGCCAGUUCAACCAGGUGCUCCAGCACGAGCUGCUGGCCAUCCGGGAGGCUUGCAUCAAACUGGAGAAGGACUACCAGCCCGGGAUCACGUUCGUGGUGGUGCAGAAGCGCCACCACACCAGGCUCUUCUGCAUGGACCGAAACGAGAGGGUGGGGAAAAGUGGCAACAUCCCUGCCGGUACCACAGUGGACACUAAGAUCACCCACCCUUCAGAGUUUGACUUCUACCUGUGCAGCCACGCUGGCAUUCAGGGCACCAGCAGGCCCUCCCAUUACCACGUGCUGUGGGACGACAACCAUUUCACUUCGGACGAGCUGCAGGUGCUCACCUACCAGCUGUGCCACACCUACGUGCGCUGCACGCGCUCCGUCUCCAUCCCGGCGCCCGCCUACUACGCGCACCUGGUGGCGUUCCGAGCUCGCUACCACCUGGUGGACAAGGAGCACGACAGCGCCGAAGGCAGCCACACCUCGGGACAGAGCAACGGACGGGACCAGCAGGCCCUGGCCAAGGCGGUGCAGAUCCACCAGGACACCCUGCGCACCAUGUACUUCGCCUGAUUCAAGCACGCGUUGGGGGGGAGGGGGGGGGAGGGCCGUGGUCAACGGGCUCGAACGACAAAAACCCCGCCGCCCUUUCCCUCCCCCGGCCACCACCCAGCGGACACGCCCGAGCACUUUCCCUCCGCUGUGCCGACUCCUGCGGCCCGACCCUCGGGGAAGGCCUCUCCAGCCCCCCACAGGCUGCCCACUGCAAACCCUGUAUGUAAAACACCCCCCCCCCCCCCUUUCCCCCCGGCAUACUCAGCCGUCUCCUGCCAUACCUCAAGCAGCACGGGGGGGAGCAGGUUCACGUAAAACAGAAGGUGUGGCCUAUGGGUGUCUAACUGUAUAAUACACUUCAUAGAUGCGAACACGGCCAUGUAUAAGGUACACUAGAGGUGUCAAACGCAGCUCCUGGAGGACCAGAGGUAUUCUAGCCUCUGGCUCUGGCCUCUGCUUUUAAUGACUUGAAUUACUAAUUUCAUUCCACUUUUUACGUUUUUUUUGCAAAAGCAAAAUCACAUUUGACGUUGAAUAUACAGCUGUAGUGCAGAAUUGUGUGUAGACCUCAUUAAGUAACAGUACAAAUUAAGCCAUAUUGGUUAAAACGAACCCUAGCGUUCACGCGGCCCUCCUGAAAUGCCCUUUGACACCUCUGCCGUCCCUGUACGUGUACGUAACACGGAGAGAGGGAAGGCUUGUUUUAAAUUCUUUUUUUUCUUUCUUUAAACAUGCCUUUUUAAUUUUAAUUUUGUUUAAAUGUCUGACAAUGAGCAUUUAGGGAGAGUCGAGCUCACACACGGGUUUUUUGUUUUACAUUGUUGCAUGUUCAUUUUUAAAUUCUGGGGCUGGUGGGGGGGCGGGGCUUUUACAGAAGGGCUGUGGAGGGUGGGCAGGCACGGGCGGCGGGAUGCGAGUGAGCUGGGCUCCGACGCCACAGCGCCGUUCCUCUCGCCCCUCGUGAACCGCUGGGCGAGCGCCGACCGGAACCGCGUACCGCGGGACGCACGCAGCCCAUUAGCGCAUUCGUUUAUUUAAGUGUUCCGCUUCACCGUUCUGUCGGGCUGCUCGUACCGAAACGAGCCGCCCGAGCUUCCAGGGCGGGGCUCGGUGUCGGAACGGGACGAACGCCCCCUCGGCGCGGCUCGAGAGCGGGGCGGAGUUUCUGGUCAGACCCCGGCCGUCGCCGAGCGGAAGCGAAAUCCUCGUUCGGCUUUACGCGAUUCACCUUUAACAAUCUUUUUUUCCUGUUUUCGCUGUUGCUGUUUUAAUGAAUUAGCAUUUAGAUGACUCGCGCAUUUGCUUUUAAGCUUUGAGUACUAAUAUUUACUGACUUGAGUGAAAAUGUAAGCCCUUUCGGAGAUUUUAGCGCAUUCAAGAUGAUUUGCCGCCAUUUUAUAUCCAGAGUCCUGACAUGCCAUCAUCAGUCUGUUAUGGGGCAGCUACAGCAACUGUAAUGGACCGGCGUAGGAGUUCAUAUUCAGCAUCUCCAUUGUCCAGUGGCACUUUAAGUGAGAAUAAGGGUCUUCUGCACCUUGUUAAGCUCCCAUACCAGCUGUCCAGUUCCCAGUUCAACUGGGUGUGUAUAUACAUGGUUAAAAGUUAAAUUAUAUGUACACAUGAUUUUCACUGUCAUUACAGAGCAUGCUUCCUCUUGACACAAUCCUGUGGCAUAUGAAUCUGUCAGGCUUUGGAUUGCAGAAAUCUCACAUUGUGACUAAAAGACUUUAAGCCAGGUGUUUUUUGUUGUUGUUGGUUUUUAAUUUUAUUUUUAAAAAGCUCAUUUACGUAAUGCAAAGAGGGGUAUAUUUAUAUAUCCCACGCAAGUUAAGCAGGGUUUGAUGCAAAGUUUAUAUUUUGGGGAGGGGAGGGCAUUUGUGAUUUGUGGCUUUUGGGGACUGGAGAAACUUCAAAUGAUUGUUGAUGUAGAUUUCAACAAUUUUAAAUACAUCGGCCCAUAUUUUACUGUAGGAAUGGGUCUUUUACUAACAGGCAAUGUGUCAACAUUUCUGUACAUCUUUUGUUUUAAUGCAAGUACAGCCUUCCAGAGUAGUCUCGUUUUCAAAAAUAAUAGUUUGUGUUUUACUUCAGAUUACUGUAAGUUUUUUUUUUCAUUCAUUUUUAGCUUAGGAUAUUAAUAAUAGGUUAGCUGGAGGAGUGUGGUUGUAAUGCUUUUUCUAACUAUGCAGUGUUUUAUAGCCAAGUAUUUUAGCAGUUAUAUAUGUAUAUGUCAUAGGGUGAUUGGCAAUGACUUUAUUAGAUGAAUGGUAGUCUUAUAGAUUUUUUUCAGAGCUGUGCAUUUAAUAGUCCGCACCUUUAUUGCUGUGGAGAUCCCCGUUCCCAUAUGUAUUCGUAGUCAUGCUGUGUCCUUUGUACGUGGCACACCAUUAAUCACUUAGCUAAACAAUAUUGCUGACUUUUUCUUUUUACUAAUUGUAAUUGAUGUCCUAUAGCAAUUAAGCACAACUGGACAUUUUAAUUAUGGGUGCUAGUUUCGCAGAGUGAGGAUAUUUAACGCGUUUGGCCCAUGUAAUUUUACCAAAAACAAAACGAUAAACAAAAAAAAACACCCUUUUCAUCAAUAUUCAGUGAGGUGCUUCGGCAGCUGAAGCCAUCUCACCUUUUAGCUUUUUAUUUGUCGUAUUUAUUUUACAUCUUUAUUUAAAUAUGGAUGUACUUUCUCUGACCGAUAAUGUGUAACGGGCAUUGUUUGAAUCAUUGUUUGAGUACUUGAUAUUUUCGCUCGACAUUUUUUCAAUCUGUGCAGCGCUGGUCUCGCAAUAUUUCGAUGCACUUUGAACCGUCAGAGUUUAGAGGCGAAUCCCAGCAGUUGGAGCAGCGGUCUCUGAAAUGCAGAAUCACUUCAGCGUAAUUGUGUGGAAAUGGCUGUGCGUACUACCUCUUGUUACCUGUUGAAAUUAAUGGUAACAUAAUAGCGUCGGUCAUUUCCUCACAAUUGCGCGUUAUGUAGACGAAAUCGCGUGUCUGUCCACUGCAGUCCGAACGUGCCAGCUGUGAGGACGCGCGCUGUACCAAUUGCGCCUCUCCUAGCAUCUCCGACGCCGUUUGGAAGGUGAUCGACUUUUCCGCGUAGAAUUCGUGACCAGCUAAAAAGUUCUCGCCGUGCAGAUCAACCGAUUCAGCAGUCUCUCACCAUGCCCGCACCAUUUGUGAUUGUUCUCACCUGAUUACAUACUCCAUAACAUCAAAAAUGCUACCGGUUGUCAAUCAUUGUAAAAUGGAGAGCUGUGUUAAAACAACACUUUGAAAACCAAGACUGCCUAAAGUAAGUCAGGACAGUGCAAAAAAAAAAAAAAAAGAUACGGAAACCGAUUCACUCGGCCUAUACAAUAUUUGCCUCGUGCCUGCCUUUAAAGGGGGCAGUCAGGCUUAAAAAACCUCAGGAUACACAGAAAGCUUGUUUUUAUGAAUUGAUUUGUAGGAAUUAAUUUGAUAGCAAAUGUAGUCCCUACAUUGUUUAUGCUUUAAUUUGGCUAAAUCCAACAUUGGUUUACUUGGACAAAACACUGAAGUAUUAAUUUAUUAGUAUUAUGUAUUUAAAUUUGAACGCACAGACAAUUUAUCUGCUACUGUGGAUAUUUUUUUUUAAGUGCACACAGCCUGGUCUUUAGUUUUCAGAGUACUUCAUAACUACCUGAAACGCCAUGAUAAAGUGUAUUUAUAGACGCAAAGCUGACUAUGCUGACCGACUGAGUGGAUUCUCCAGAGCAAAAACAAUGAACUGAAAAACAGCAGUACCUGUGUUUUACCACUAUGUGGAGCGAGAGUGUCAAGAGCCUGAUCCCCUUAGUUGCUGUCUCGGAACCGUGCCUGUUCUGGUUCUCUGGUUUAAACACCUGCUCCUGUUCAGUGUUGAAGAGAAGCAAUCCUUAAAGGACACCCACAUAAAGGUGUUUGCAUAUCCAGUGGAAUGUGACGUUCCUGUUGCAAUGUGAACACUAAAAUGAUCAGACCGCCCUUUUUGAAUGAUGCAUUUAAUUGAGGAUAUCAACCGCCUGAUUUUCUUUCAUAUUUUGUGUGUUGGUUUAAAGAAAGAAAAUUCCUUCACUCGCGUCUUUUUUUUUUUCAUCAAGACAAUUAUCAAAAGUGCUUUUUGCUGCAAAAUUGAAUAAUUGGCUGAGCUUUUUAUUCCCUUAAUUUUUUCUUUUAAAUGUGGUCUUAACUGUUGUUGCUACUUGUUAGUAUUUUCUGAAUUACACCAGCACCUUAGACUGACAGAUCUGUACAGCAUAUGUUAAUGCCAUCAAUGCUGAACAAAAUUAAGUCUUGUGACUUGCACUAUAAUAAUAAUAAUAACAAUAAUAAAUCUAGAUCUUGAAUAGUUGUGAGUUCAGUGCGUGCCUGGUGCCACGGGGAAGACACGGUGCUCGUCCGGGUCAUUUGGUGAUUAAAGGACACCAUGGGGGCGAAGGCUCUUUCCUCCGUUGGUUGUUGGCUGAGUACAGGAAGUGGGAGGAGCCAUUAGUAAAGUCUGGGUGGCGGGCACACUCGGGGAAUAUGAGAUACUUGAUUGUCUGAUAUAACAGGAAGGGCCUGGGUAAGUGUGUUUCACGCAGUUCCUGGAGCCUGUUUUGGGUUACUGCAGGGGAGGUGGAUUCAUGGCUGCUCACCUCCUUUCCUCAAUUUCCAGUACUUUCACCCAAGAGGGGAAGAGAACCAAAACCAUCCAUUUAUAAUGUUUUUAUCUGUGUGAAGAUACCGCUCUUAAGCUUUCCAAAAUUGGGUUUACAAUUGGAGCAGCGGGGGUGGGUGGGCAUAUUUACGUGCCUGUUGAGGUGUUUGGGGAUAUUAGGAGAAGUUGGAAAGACAGCUAAAAAGUCAGCUGCAUACAUUUAGCUGUUGACCAAGUUGGCAUUUGGUCCAGUGUCUUGCCGUUAUGUUCUAGAAUAAUCCAAUCUGUGACUCAUCCUGUCUUUUCGGGUAGACGUGCUGUAUCUGAUGACGUUGUGGAGAAUGUGCUUGAAAGGUAUUGCCAGUUUUCUGUUUGAAAGAUAAGCCUAUCAUUGGCAGGUCACCGUUACAUUUGGUUGCAAGUUCCGCCUGGAACCCUGAUCUUGAAGCGUUUUUGUCCAGAAACUAAUGAUGGAUAAGUCUGCAUUGCUCAUUUUUAUUUUUGCUAGAAGGCCUCUGUUCAAAUGAAGUAGCCAGUUUUCAGUGUUGUUUUGGCAGGAAGGAUUGUGAAAGAAAUGGAACGUUUGCAUGUUAAUGAUUGCAUUAGGCCAAAAACUAUUGUAUAUGUGAACAUUCUCCAGACCUGAAUUGGCAUGAAAACUACUGCUUAUUACACACGUGGCAGAAAUGUCCCAUAGUAGUUUGUUAAAAUCAACUGGUCAAAAUGCAAUUAUGGAGGAGUGUAGUACACGUGUAGGUGAGGCUAAAUACAGACAUAUCGGUGCUUCAACUUUGUGUGUAUAUUUGUAUCGAAUGGUAGUUUGAAACAAUUUGUCAAAAAUGCAUUGAGCCAAAUUUGGGUAGUAAAUACUGUGGAGCCGCAGUUUGUGGGAACAGACGCUAGGUGGGGACUUGAGGAGGUGCAAGUGAGGAGUAGAACGCAGUGGCGAACCCGAGCUGUACAGCUGUAUGUGCAGUGCGCCACCUCAGCUGCCGACUGAUCAUUUAUAGGGCUGUUUUUUUCCGCUAGGAAAGGUCUUUGUGUGUUUUUUUUUUUUUGGCCUGCACUCCUGCCUAUGACUAUUUAAGGGCCUGAACCCUAAGUUUUCCCACAUUGUAAGUGCAUGCGCAGUUUAUAAAUGAGAGUAGACAACAGCAGGUGACCACAGAUGAAGGCGGAGACUGUCCGUUUCCAGGCAACAAACCCCACGUUCCCCUCCCCUGUAUUCCUGCAUCCACAUCUAGCAGCUGAUUGUCUGGUAGUAUUACGUGGCAUGUUCUGCCUUUACAGCGAGCACUGUGUGAAGUGCGAGCUGAGGACAGCUCUGGGCUCUGCUGACUGGGCGUGUGAGAUGGGCCUGCUGCCAGGGCGUGUGCCCUCACCGGCCGGCCUAAAUGGGCCCCAGGAGCGCACUGUGACGAGCAUAUCAUCCACCUCUGUUCCUCCAAUCACGGUCCUCCAGGGCCGAGAGCUGCUGGGUUUCCGCCCUCCCUGGUCCUGGGAAUCGGGUGUGAAGAGUGUCUGGACAAUCAGUAGCACUAAUUGUUCAGAUAAUUUCCUAAGCAGGGAUAAAACCAGGGCCAGAUUUGGAUUCGAAGGCCAGGCUAGGAUAUCCAUGUCAUAGCAUAGACGCAUCAUUUGAUCUGCAGCUCAUUUAGAAUAAAUAGCCAGCAUUAGUUUAAAGGAAACCAUAUUGUAAUUUAUAAUUGCUGAUUAUCGUGAUUUCCCUCCCCACGGGAUUAUUAUUUUAAAAAUAAACACUAGGCUGCAUAUGAACAUAUUUAGUGGUGCUUUUAAACUUUUUGCUUCCUGAGCCGACGUACUGACUGCCAUUAUAAAAUUGCCAAGAAUGUGCGACUGCAAAUCCCAUGCUGAAGGGGUGAAUUGGAAAUCGUGAAAGUAAUCCUUGUUCUCACAGAGUAAAUCUCAAGCUACUUCUGGCAUUUGUCUCAACUUCAGUCCAAUACUUUUCUUCCUGCUCAGCUGUACUGGGCCGAACGCAUUGACACGCGUGUCAAGGUUUCCAGACGGCGUGUCGGGCAGUGUUAAUGUUCAGGUGCUGCGCCUUAAAUUCAGAGCGCCUUAAGGAGAGACUUGAGGUGGGGGGAGAUGAUCUUGGGACGGGUAGAUAAAUGUGCGAGUUAAACAACCUUGAAUCAAUGCAGCCGAAACUGGUCAUAAAAUAUAGACAAUGCUGAUGUUUGCGAACUCGGUGGGAGAUGCCAAAAAAAAAAAAAAAGAGAAAACAUUGGACAUAUUUUUUAAAAAUCGACGUCUUUGUUCGUAUGUAUUUUGUAAAUGUGCUCUUACACUGCCCUCUGGUGGAGCAGGGUGAAAUUUCUCGUGUCAAAAUUCUAUCUACCAAAAUUUCGUUUAGCCGGUUUCCUUAUUAACUGAUGAUAUGAAUUGUGUGCUUUUGCGUUGCUACGGUCCUUGUGCACAGUAACCACAACUGUGAUAUGAAAGAUUAAUAAUAUAUGUAGAAUAUCUGAUUUCUUGUAGUAGAGCUACAGUUGAAUAUUUUUUUUUAAUUGGUACAAUUCUGCUAGACUGACUGCAUUCCACCUACAGACUGAUCUAGUUUCCUGGUAUUUAGAAUAGUGACAGAGUUUGGCAUGUGUGGAUGCCCCUAAUAAGCUUUAAAGCUACUGGCAACAUAAAUGGAAGUGUAAUAUUUGCCACUUUGUGAAGCUAUAUGACUCUUAAAUUCAUUCGUUUAAACCCCAGCUUUACAAUUCCGGUGUGUGUUAUGGGCAUUUUCGACCCCAUCUGAGGGGUUCAGUUAACUGUUUGACGUCCUCACUAUUGAUAGCAUUUACUUUGUUCCCUUUUGGAGGGGGGCGGGUGGUGUUGGUCCAGUGUAAAAUACAUCUUACAAUGGGCAGUCAUAGUAGGUUUACCCUUUGCUGUCUAGCAAUACUCUUCAUUCAGAUAAGCCAGUUACACUGCUCACUGUUACAACGCUACCAUCUGUCAUGGGGGGAAGGGGGGAGGGAGGGGGGGGGGGAGGUUAUUGAUUGCCACUUUCAGUCACCUGUACUUUUCAAUGCCGGGCGGACACUAACACAUUCAGUUACUGAGCAAGUGAAAAUUCCCUUUUGGGGGGGUAAAAAGGCUGUGCUCGGAUUGUGCUUCUCAAAGCAGUGUUUGUAAAUGCAAGGUAUUGAAUAAUAAGAAAUAUGCAUAUUUUCAUGUUUGCACUAUAUGGAACACUGCUCUUCUUUAGCUCAUAAUUCCCCCCCCCCCCCCCCUUUUCUUUUUUCCUCUCCUCCUUUUGGCUUUCGAGAGGUUCCGUAGAUGAACAUUUGAGGUUUAGUCUGUCCUCACUCUUUCCUCCUCAAACUUGGGAUUGUAGAACUGAGAAUCUGGGAGGAGCCGUACUCCCUUUUUUUUCUUUACUUCUAGGUUACACGCAGAGCGAAUUUACUCGGAAAAGCCAGCAGUUUAUAGUAUUUAAAACACAUAACUUCAAACUCGUAUAUGUACGCUAAUCGGCAAAUGUUUCAGCUGUAUAUAGCCUACCGCACAACUGUUUAAAAAAAUCUGUACAUACUGACACGUUAGAUACACUGGCUCUUUAGAAGACAUUUAAAAAACUGGCCACCUUUUUAUUGCUUUUUUAAAUUCGAAAUGUCAGUCGACAGAAGUCAGCGGGCAGAUUGUUUAAAUGUUUAUUUUGUAAUCAUGGAUGUGUCGCCCGACACCUUUGAACAGUCACAUCGGGGCAUUCCUUCCUUUUCUGAAAUUAUCAGUGAAUUUACUUACCAGUGAAAGGGUCUCAGCCUCCUCCUGUACCGCCAGCAUUCAGUUUUCCAAUAGAUAGAUUGAAUAUUUUGACAAACAGAUUAAGAAGGACUGCAAUAUGAAAAUUUAAGGAGCGGCUCUGAGGCCUUCCACUGAACCGUGCCUGACCUUCACAGCAGUAAAAUACACUGGAGCUGCUCAAGCUAAGCAAUACAUUUCUCCUUACAAUGCUAGUCGUUAGCAAAAUAAAUAAAUAAAUUAACAAGAUGCGAGUUGACAUUAUCCAAAUCUGCAUGUAGAUCGAGUUUUUAAAAUUCAUUUUAUUUUUUGGUGGAAUCGAUGGAUAGUCUGACGGAUGCUAAUUUUGUUCUAUGAUCUUGCCAGAGCAACUGCCACGACUGUUCGAUCAGCAGUGUAUGCGACGAUCGGUGUAGCGCACCUCAUUCGAAUCAAGUUAAUUUCCCCAUCUUUAUAAUCGCACAUGGCGGAAUCUUUCCCCCAGCUGGCUGAUUGCAGCGUCUGUUUGGCUCUUUCCCUCCAGAUUCAGAAAUGAUCGGGUCGCGUGGCCGCAGGUGCACUGAACGGCAGCGGUACUUGACAGAAACGCCCCCUAGUGGAAUGUUUUGUAUUUAUUAUUUCGUGCAUCUUUGCCAUCUAGAUCCGACCCUAGGGCAUGAUUUAGGCUACAACGACCGUUAGCGUGUGGAAACCCGUAGUUUUUUGUUGUUGCUGUUGCGUGCUGGUUCUUUACUAGUGGGCUUAUUCUGCGUGUUUCUUGCGAUCGCUUCAGUAUGCCCGGCUGUGGCAGUCCCCGUUUCUCCUUGCUCUCAAUAGACGGCUCACAUCGUGGAGUCUAUGGCAGGAGCGAUAAUCACAUAGCAGCCUAUGAUAUUUCUCACGCCAAGCCUGACCGUCCCCCCUAUUCUUCACGUUUUGGUUGAUCCACUGAAAUAUUAAUCCUAAAAACUUGUACAAGGACAGUGUUUUCACAGGGCUUUUUAAUACAAAACUGAUGCCAUAUUAGCUUAAGUGCAUAACAUAAGCAUGCAAGACUGAAACAUAUUUUGUAAUUUUUUGUUGCUCAAGGCACUAGAGGCUUCAGAAUGACCUGGCUUUUUUUUUUUUCAACACCAACUUGGAUCUACCUCAGAACAAAGUCAGGUGCUAGAAUUGUACUCCCUAAUUUAUAAUGAAAAAAAAAAAACAAUAAUAGUGACCAAACAUAAAGCCAAUACUGUGUAAAUGUUAUUUUUUCUUUCUUAAAUUUGUAGUUACGGACUAACUUGAGGGAUGUUUUAAUAUGUAACAGGAGUUCAGGGGACCAGUUUUUGUAAUUGGAAAUCCAGUGUAAAAAGUUAUUUUACAUUUGUAAAAUAUGUAGGCCUAUUUUACAUAUGCAUGUGCUCUCUUUGUAAAAUGUAGUAAAGACAUUUACACUGUUUGCAGCUGCGCAGCUAGGAGUCAUACAUGUAGUGUGAGCCUUAGAGGUGACUUGAGGAUGUACUAAAGGUUUGACUUUGCCAAUGAAAAGACUGCACACCGAUGUGAGAAUAGACACUGUUCCUGUUACUGCAGUUGUUUUUUAAGUCAGGAUAUUACUAUCCUUCUGGUUUGGCAGGCAAAUAAUUUCUUUUUUUUUUGUUUUGUUUAAACAUUCUCAGUUACGUGUUGGAUGCUACACAGUAAACUUUGUAUGCAGAAUCUUCCCCGAACGUAAUAUUGUUGGAUUUAUGUUCAGUAGGCCUAUACACAUCAUACGGUGUUAAUCAACUUUGUUAUCAAUCUCCAAGUCAUCAGAUGUUUGUAGAAUUGCAAGUACAAUUUGGCAGUAUAAUCUUUAUACGCAUAAGAUGUGUUUAGAAGCUGGAAGUUGAUGAGAAUAAUUUGGGUAAGAUUCUGUUCUGCUUAUGAAAUGGAAUCAUCACUAAAUCCUGGACCGUAUUCAUAUGACAUGAAUAUAACAUAUCCAGUUGUAGUUCACCCCAGAUCCCCCUGAACACCAUACAACAAGAGGUUAAUGAAAUGACUCCUCUUGGCCAAGUUGGAAGAGAGUGCAUAAUGUUUUGUGAUGCAAAUAUUCGAAUCAGGUGUUGAAAUUGAAUCUGUCACUUGCCUGUUUGUUUUAUCGUAGAACAUCGCUUGAUGUGUUAGGUUUUCGUCCCUUCUCCUAUCGCAAUAAUUCAGCAGGAUUGCACUUUCUUCCUGCUAAUGAAACCCCCUGCUUUUUGUCAAUCUUGCCAGAUGAGUAAAGGAAAAAUUAAAAAGCAUAAGCUACAUAGGCCCAUCAUUUUUGGUUUGAUCAGAUUUUUAGGUUUUUAAUGUUUCAGUUUUAAGAGUUUGACAUCUGAAUCUUGUCUCCCUUGAAUGAACAACGAGGAAGAACUUAAAAAGAUAAUGUCAGGUAAUUGGCUGACUAGUUAGCUUGCUACGUUCAGUUAUAACAAAUGUAUUUGAAAUGUUUUUCAACUUCUGGGUGGGUGUGGAUAGUUUUCAAAAAAUGUCACUGUUACUGUAUAGCCAGUUAUGCAUAACAUUAGCUAGCUUCACAGGCUAGGUGUGUAACCAAGGAAAUGAGUUGUUUUGUGAGAAGUGCUGAGCUAGCUGACAUGCUAUUUUUUUCUGCAUACAGGUAUUGUCCACAGUUAAGUGUUAGGCAGUUUUGAAAGGCCAUAUAUGUGUGCAUAGUCACUAGGUUGAUGCCAGCCAUGAUUCUGUAGUGAUGAGGUAGGCGCUGAAUAACGGCAGCAAUCGCAGGUUUGUGUGGACGCUGGACACAGGCUUACCUGUACUGUGUGAGUCUGAGAUGUAGAUGGGUGUAAUGGGAAAAUGUCACGAGACUGGUCGAUGAACCCUCUCAUGGCUGAAGCUACCAUUGUCAAUCACUGACUGGUUAAAGAAGACCAGAGUCAAGAGACAUUUCACUAUGAUUGGUUGUAAUCAGCAAGACUGUGGUGUUUCGUGAAGCUUCACCCUCCAAAGUUAACAAAGUUGAUUGGCCAGCAAGCGGCUCUAGCGUUUGUUAUAUAGCACUGUGGUGUGGUCCAGGUCAAAAUCCUUGAUAGAUUGCAGUGGAAGAAAAUGAAUGCGCUUUUUUGCGCAGGCAAGGGAAUAACCUGACUGCCUUUAGUUUUCUCCAUCUGGGUGCAGGUGUGAAAUGCAACCGUGUCUGAAGUGUUGGUCCUAAUCACCACCGUCUUCUACCAUUCAGAUCUGAGCUGUGGCAACAGUGCAAUAGUCAAAUUUUAUUACAGAAAUCCAGUUUUUAUGUCUUUUUAAAAAUGUAUCCAGUUAAAUUUCCAAAUUCCUUUUGUAAGAUUAAAACCAAAAACGAUGGGACUUGAUCCAAUACCAUGAGCAUUUUGUGAUUUACAUACUACAUUUUAUAAAGGGAAUAUAAAUUAAAUAUUUCAGAGGUAUUUUAUGAUAUACUUACCAAUCGCAUCUACUUCAAUAAUUCAAGACUGAUUACUCAAUGGAAAGGUACAAAGGUUGUGUGGAAAUUAAGAAAAAAAAAGAUUCUAUCAUCAAUCUCAUCUUGGCUCACUUGUUUUACCUGUGCCUUUUUCUUACGUUUCCACUUAUUCUCAAUGGGUUUGAAUCUUUCAAUUUCAGCACCGCAUAAAAGAAUUUUGACAUUAUCAUGCAACCUUGAAUAUGCUGCAUAGAACGAUCAGUAUUUAUUUUGCACUUUCUAAGCAGUUACAAAAUUGUCCAAUCAAUAGUUUGGGCAGAUUAAAAAAAAAAAAAAAAGACGAGGUAUUUUAUGCUAACAAGGAAUUGUAAAGAAUAUGACUUUGGACGCAGUUUCUAAAUAUAUAAAUAUAUAUCUAUAUAUGUACACACAUACAUACAUGCAUACAUACAUACAUACAUGAAGUACCUCAUAAGCCUGAUAUAUGCUGCAUUGAGUUUUUUCCUUUACAUUAUUUUAUGUACUCCAUAUUGUCCAAGGAAAUUCUGUGAUUAUUUUCCCCUGUUUAUUGUAAGGUUUGAUGGUUUCAUAGGACUGUGCAUAUGCCAUUUGCAAAGGCAAGUUUCUGAAGGGAAAGCUGCCUUUAGCAACUCAAACACUCGCAUGCCAUUCGCUGUUUUAAAUUGCCUGUAUAGUACUUAGCCAUUGCAGUUAAUGCAAAAGCUUUAAGGUGGACCGAUUUGGCCUGCAGGUCUGAAGAAAUGGCUUAUGUGCUCAUGGUACCUUUGUAAGACUUUGUAGCUGUUGCUCUGGCUGAAAGCUUUGGGGUGGAUGUAUUCCCCUGUCCUCUUCAUCCACGACAAAUUUCUCCUAUCAGUGUGAAUCUUGACUCAGGCAUUGGCAUCAAAGGGCUGCAUCUUCUCCUGUUGGUCCUCCCUUUACCUGUCAGUUGUGUCUUAAGUAGCCUUAGAAUUCCACAUGGGACAUUAUUUGACAGAUUGGCCUUAAAGCUUAAAAAAAAAAAAAAAGGAAAAAAAAGUGUACUGCAACCCACAACUUGCAAAUUAACUUGAACUUUUUGCAGUACACUGUAGUCAUGCCAUGCGCCUUUGUCAUGUCUACCUCCUACGAAAUUGAGGGGUGUCCUGGAAGAAACCGUUUUGACAUCCACAGGAGCCAUGACAAUCAUUUCAGCUCAUGUUCAUUCCAUUAUCGAUCUCUCCAUGGAGAUGACUUGAAAACUCUGUGAGGACACUUGACAGGACUCAAUCAGACCUUCGAACGCAUGCUCACAUCACACACUUUCCCACCAGGACACCCCAUAGUGCCGAAGUCGAGUUUGACAGUGUAGGUAAGAAAAGUGAUGCAAAUCUGUGUGCAUGCAAGCAAAGAAGGAGCAAAGUGACCAAAGUUUUCUAAGUUUUCUUUUUUCUCCCCCUCGUAUGGCAGUACUGCACAGUCCUGUGAACAUAAACCUUAUUUUUUACAUUCUGGAUACCAUUGUUUUACUUUAUUCUGUGUCACAUGCCAAAAUUACUGACAUUCCUGUUAUGGCGAGGUUGUUUGUUGCUGUUUAAAAAAAAAAAAAAAAUUCUGUUCAGAUUCACUGCUAAAGCUCCUUGUUGUAAAGUGAAAGUGAGCAUUUGAUUAUAGUUUUCCUUCUGUUAGCAAUUCUGAAUACAACUCAGAUUAUGCUGUAAACCCUAUUAGGACAAUGUGAAAAUGUAUCUAUGAAACUGAUAUGAAUAUAGUUCACACUUUUGGCUUGACUGUAUAUUGCAUUAAUAAAAUUUUCAAACUUUU